AUGGGGGAGGACGACGCCGCACUCCGGGCCGGCGGCAGGGGGCUCUCGGACCCGUGGGCGGACUCGGUGGGAGUGCGACCCCGCACCACGGAGCGCCACAUCACAGUGCACAAGCGGCUCGUGCUGGCCUUCGCCGUGUCCAUCGUGGCGCUGCUCGCAGUCACCAUGCUCGCCGUGCUGCUAAGCUUGCGAUUCGACGAGUGCGGGGCGAGCGCAGCGCCCGGCGCCGACGGCGGACUCGCCGGCUACCCCGCGCGCGGCGGCAAUGCGAGCUUCCCGGGACCCGCCCGGCGCAACCACCACGCGGGCGAGGACUCCUCGCAGCCCGAAACGGGCGAGGACGCCACCCCGGGUACCCCGUCUGCCCAGCCGCCGUCGGAAGAGGAGCGGGAACAGUGGCAACCGUGGACGCAGCUGCGCCUGUCUGGCCACCUCAAGCCGCUGCACUACAAUCUGAUGCUCACCGCCUUCAUGGAGAACUUUACUUUCUCCGGGGAGGUCAACGUGGAGAUAGUGUGCCGGAACGCCACCCGCUACGUCGUGCUGCACGCCUCCCGGGUGGCGGUCGAGAAGGUGCAGGUGGCCGAGGACCGGGCGGCCGGGGCUGUCCCGGUGGCCGGCUUUUUCCUCUAUCCACAAACCCAGGUCUUGGUGGUGGUGCUGAAUCGGACAUUGGACGCGCAGAGAAAUUACAACCUGAAGAUCAUCUACAACGCCCUGAUUGAGAACGAGCUCCUGGGCUUCUUCCGCAGCUCCUACGUACUCCACGGGGAGAGAAGAUUCCUUGGCAUUACUCAGUUUUCACCUACACAUGCCAGAAAGGCAUUUCCUUGUUUUGACGAGCCAAUCUACAAGGCUACUUUCAAAAUCAGCAUCAAGCAUCAAGCAACCUAUUUAUCUUUAUCCAAUAUGCCAGUGGAAACUUCUGUGUUUGAGGAAGAUGGAUGGGUUACGGAUCACUUUUCACAGACCCCUCUCAUGUCCACAUAUUACUUAGCCUGGGCAAUUUGCAACUUCACAUACAGAGAAACUACCACCAAGAGUGGGGUUGUUGUGCGAUUAUAUGCAAGACCCGAUGCUAUCAGAAGAGGAUCCGGGGACUAUGCUCUCCAUAUAACAAAGAGAUUAAUAGAAUUUUAUGAAGACUACUUUAAAGUGCCCUAUUCCUUGCCAAAACUCGGUUAUUAUGAUAGUGUUCUUUAUCCAAUUCAAAACUUCUCGGACCUGUUGCAAAGAUGUGCAUGGUUUGGUGACCUUGUGACUCCUGUGUGGUGGGAAGACGUCUGGCUGAAGGAAGGUUUUGCUCACUAUUUUGAAUUUGUUGGCACAGACUACCUCUACCCUGGCUGGAACAUGGAAAAACAGAGGUUUCUGACGGAUGUUCUACAUGAAGUGAUGCUGCUUGACGGCUUGGCCAGUUCCCAUCCAGUAUCACAGGAAGUGCUACAGGCAACAGAUAUUGACAGAGUGUUUGACUGGAUCGCAUAUAAAAAGGGUGCUGCUUUAAUUAGAAUGCUGGCUAAUUUUAUGGGCCAUUCAGUAUUUCAAAGGGGUUUGCAAGAUUAUUUAACCAUUCAUAAGUAUGGCAAUGCAGCCAGAAAUGAUCUCUGGAAUACACUAUCGGAGGCUUUAAAAAGGAAUGGAAAAUAUGUAAAUAUACAAGAAGUAAUGGAUCAGUGGACACUCCAGAUGGGUUAUCCUGUUAUCACAAUCUUGGGAAAUACAACAGCAGAAAAUAAGAUAAUAAUUACCCAGCAACGUUUUAUUUAUGAUAUCAGUGCUAAAACCAAAGCACUUACACUUAGAAAUAGCAGUUACCUGUGGCAGAUUCCAUUAACCAUUGUGGUAGGAAAUAGAAGCCAUUUGUCUUCAGAAGCAAUUAUUUGGGUGUCUAACAAAUCAGAGCACCACAGAAUAACUUCUUUGGACAAAGGAAACUGGUUGCUGGGGAACAUCAAUCAAACUGGCUACUUUAGGGUCAACUAUGACCUAAGGAAUUGGAGAUUAUUAAUUGAACAAUUAAUAAGGAACCAUGAGGUUCUCUCUGUCAGUAACCGAGCAGGUUUGAUCGACGACGCCUUCAGCCUUGCCAGAGCUGGCUAUUUGCCUCAGAAUAUCCCCCUGGAGAUUAUCAGAUAUCUGUCUGACGAAAAGGAUUUUCUUCCUUGGCACGCUGCCAGUCGAGCUCUUUAUCCUCUGGAUAAAUUACUGGACCGCAUGGAGAACUACAAUAUCUUCAAUGAAUAUAUUUUAAAGCAAGUUGCAACAACAUACAUCAAGCUUGGAUGGCCAAAAAAUAAUUUUAAUGGAUCCCUUGUUCAAGCAUCCUACCAACAUGAAGAACUGCGCAGAGAAGUUAUAAUGCUGGCAUGCAGUUUUGGCAAUAAGCACUGCCACCAGCAGGCAUCAACACUUAUAUCAGACUGGAUUUCCAGCAACAGGAACAGAAUACCACUAAAUGUUAGAGACAUCGUCUACUGUACAGGAGUUUCCCUACUGGAUGAGGAUGUCUGGGAAUUCAUAUGGAUGAAAUUCCACUCCACCACAGCAGUUUCUGAGAAGAAAAUAUUAUUGGAAGCUUUAACUUGCAGUGAUGACAGGAAUUUAUUAAACAGGCUCCUGAAUCUGUCCUUGAAUUCUGAGGUAGUGCUGGAUCAAGAUGCAAUUGAUGUCAUAAUCCAUGUCGCCCGAAAUCCACAUGGCCGAGACCUUGCCUGGAAAUUUUUCAGAGAUAAAUGGAAGAUAUUAAAUACCAGGUACGGAGAAGCAUUGUUUAUGAAUUCCAAACUUAUCAGUGGAGUUACAGAAUUUCUUAAUACUGAAGGAGAACUCAAGGAGCUAAAGAACUUCAUGAAGAGCUAUGAUGGGGUGGCCACUGCUUCUUUCUCACGAGCUGUGGAAACUGUCGAAGCCAAUGUGCGCUGGAAAAUGCUUUACCAAGACGAGCUUUUCCAAUGGCUAGGAAAAGCUUUGAGACACUAAGAUGUGUCUCCUGUAAAGAACUCAGCUGGGAAUUUCUGAGAAGACCUGCAUGAUGUGAAAUGAGGAAAAUAUGCUACAUGAAAAAUGGCCAGAAUUUCACAGUGUUAACGUGUGGGAGGAAUUUGUUGUUGUUGUUGUUUUGUUUUGUUUGUUUUUGUUUUGGGGGAUAUUUUUGUUUCAUUCAUUCUUUUUUGUUUUUCUACUGGGCAUUCUUCUCUAAAGAAGUUUUUGCAAGUGGACCUAGCCAUGGUUGCUUUAGCUGUACAUUCCUCGCUGUGCAGGACCAAAUAUGAUAGUGGUGCAUGUUGAUGUUACAGUCAUUUUGGGAAAACAUAUUCAGAAUAUUUCGUGCAUGGUUGUAUGGUCCUGCCUGUGUUCCAGCAUGCUUAUUUAAAAUGUCAGCGUUGUAUGUGAAUAUAUGUUACACCUAGAAUGGGCAUUAUGCAAAAGCACAAAGAUUAUCUAUGACAAUCAGUGUUGCAAUGAAAGAAACACUUGUUAAAAAGGUAAUUGUAUCCUCAGUUCUGGGAAAUGUGAGAAGUACAAUAGCCCUUUAAGGUAUUAAUGUCACUGAUUUUAGCACUUGGAUUGUCUGUCAAUGAUUAUUGUGCUGCUAACUCAUUUUCUUUUGAGUUAAAGCUGAGUAUUCUUUUAAAAAGGCAUAUAGUGUAUGCAUAUGUAUAUGUACAUAGGGAACCCCCAAAUGUGUAUAGUAUGUUGUACACUGCACAUGUGCAAAGAAUCACUUCAGAUCAAAGAAAAUUUAUCUCUUUUUAGAAAUGUAUGCAAACUUUGAAAGGCUUAAAAUAAUUUAUCUUAACACUAUCCUUCCUGAAAAUUUCCUGGUUAAUUUCUCAACUGGUGUGAGUUUUUGUCUACUUCCUGAACAAUGGUCUAUUCUACUAUGUGAAGAUGAAUUCCAACAAAAUUUAUGUAUAAACUA